AGUCUGGCCGAACUGUCCCUUUCCUACAAUGGAGGCAAGGACUGCUUGGUCCUGUUGAUCCUCUAUCUCGCCGCGCUACACGCCCACUCGGUCAAGACGUCAACGCAGCUGCCAAACACCCUAGAGUCUGUCUAUAUCGUGUCGCCUCAUCCAUUCCCUGAAGUCGAGGACUUUGUACAGCUAUCCAUCGACACAUACCAUCUGGACUUGGCACGCUAUGCCAGAUCUAUGCGACAGGCCUUUGAAGACUAUCUCCACGACAAGAGCCAUGUCAAGGCCAUCUUUGUGGGCACGCGGAGGACAGACCCCCAUGGAGCUACUCUGAAAUACUUCGAUCCUACAGAUAGAGGGUGGCCUGCUUUUAUGAGGAUACAUCCUGUAAUAGACUGGCAUUACGCCGAAGUCUGGACUUUCAUACGACACCUAGACAUACCUUAUUGCUCGCUCUACGACAAGGGUUAUACAUCUCUGGGAGGAACUACAGAUACAUAUCCCAACCCUGUGCUCAAAACGGCAGGCGACAAGAACUCAGAUGCAGAUACAACAUAUCGACCUGCUUACGAGUUGGUCCAGGAUGAGGAGGAGAGAUUGGGCAGAGACAAAUGA